AACGUGGCUCUGGAGGACAUGGGCCACUUUUUCUGUGAAUUGGUGGGGAAGAAGUGCAAGGGCGCCCAGCGUCUCUUGAAAAUGCAAAACCAGCGUGGCAGCCGUGCCCUCUUCGAGGACAUGCAGAAGCCAUCUCAAGAUGAGUGGGCUACAAACCCAGGACACUUUGGAAGCUGCCAUUCUCGUGGAGGAGAACCUGAACCGCCUUUUGGAUCUGCAUGCCCUGGGUUCUGCCCGCCCAGACCUCCACCUCUGUGACUUCCUGGAGAGCCACUUCCUAGAUAAGGAGGUGAAACUCAUGAAGAAGAUGAGUCACCGCCUGACCAACCUCCGCAAGCUGUUUGGUCCCCAGGCUGGGCUGGGCGAGUAUCUCUUCGAAAGUCUCACCCUCAAGCAUGAUUAAGAGCCUCCAGAGCCCAGCGGCCUCUGAGGAGCCCCUCUGGUGUCAGGGCUUCUGCCUGAAGCCCCUCUCUGCAGCCACUAGGCAGCUUUUUAACCACCCUGGACCCAUCUCGCAAGCCUUGGACCAAAUGGAAACAAUAAAGCUUUUUGCAGCAAAAAAA